UGCUGGAUCCCCGGAGGGUGGCAGAGCUGGAGGGGGCAGGUGUUUAUCGCUGCCCGGUGCCCAUUGGCACGGGGUGGCAGCCAAAGCAGGGCUCUGGAAUGAGGAAAUGUCCCCGAGGAAAUGUCCCCUGCGCUCCUGCCUGUCCCAGCCCUCCCCCGCUGGGGUUUCAGAGGGAGGGAAGGAAAUCUCCGCUCCAUCUCACACCAAAGUGGGUGCCCCCACCCAUUCCAGAGGCUCAAACCAUGAACCGAGAGUUUCUCUGGCCUCAAACGAAACCUUUCAUCUUUUCUGUUUGCUUUUUCCUCCAGCGAAGCCGGCUCUGCGCUGACUUCCUUCGCUUCCAGGCUCACUUUGAAACAACAAACUGCAAAGCCACCAGGCUCCGUUUUUGAACCCGCCGAGGAAUGGGCGACUUCAGAAAGCCGCAGAAACAUCGGGAAAGCUCGGUGCUAACUGCUCCAUUGUUUCCAGGAGGAAAAACCUCCCUGUGAUUCCCAGCGCCGCGGACUUUAGCCGGGAUGCACAAAUACUGCUGGGUCCACAGAUCUCUUGUUGUUUGUGUUUUGGCAGGGAAGGAGGGCGGCUCGGGGCUGCAAUUCCCGCAGGGAAUGCCUCUCCAGGGAGGACACACACUCCGGAGCUGCCAGCAGGACUCAGGGUAACUCCUUGACCUCUGCUGGGAAGAGGAGGUUCCCAGGAUGAUAAGGAGCUCUUGGAAGGAAUUGCUGCCCUGGUGGGAGGGAGUGGCAGCGCUGGGCACGCUCCCCAACACGUCCGCAGCCCUGGCAGCUCCAUCCCGGCAGCGCAGCGCUCCCGCGGGGCUUGGAGAGGCUGGAAUUCCAUCCAGGAGCUCUCGGGGAGGGAAGGAGCUGGGAGCAGGGGCUGUGUCGCUGCCCAAAGAUGCUCUGCAGAGCACCCACAGCCCAGUGAGCCAGCCCAGCCAUCCCAAAUCCCGACCCUGAGCGCUGGGGAAGCUCUGAGGAUGUGAGGGACGAGGGAAUGAGGCUCAUCCUCAUCCUGGGAUGCCCGAGGGAUCCUGCACAGCAGCCAACCCAUUCCUGCAGAGCUGGAGCUGAGCCUGGGGGUGCCCACAGUGCCUGGGCUGCAGGAACUCAGCUGGAUGUGGCUGGCAGAGAUGCCCGUGGUGCUGCCAGCUGCCCCCUCGGUGCCCAGGGAGAAGAAUUGGGCAGGGAGGAGCUCCAGGACCACAUGGAGGAUGCUGGAUGAGCCCCAGCUGGACACCCCCACAGGUGAGGAAUGCGAGUCCUGCUGGCCCCGCCCCGCCGAGCUCCGGCCCCGCUGGCACCGGGGACAGUGGUGGUGGGACACGACCACGGCACCAGGGACACACCCACGGGGAAUGGCAGCAGGGACCCAUCUUCAGGAAAUGGCAGCAGGUACCAAUCCUCAGGGAAUGGCAGCAGGGAAGGCAGAGCAGAGCAGCCCCGCUCCUGAGGCAGGACACAGCUCCCUGGACCCCUCUGUGGCACUGCUGGCUCUCAGGGACACCUUCCCACCAGAGAUCUCGCUCUGGUUCUCGGUGGAGAGCCGCUCCUCGCGGGGCCGCAAUGCCCAGCUCCAGGAAGCUGCCAGGAAGAGGCUGUGGGCUCUGGAGAGCGAUGACAGGAGUGUCUGUGCCCUGUUCAAGGAGCUGUCAGCCAGGCUGGUGUGCAUGCAGGCACACGAGGAUCGCUUCCUCCUCACCUUCAAAACCCUGGAGGAAGUCUGGAAGUUUUCCACCUAUCUGACUUUAGGGUACGUGGGGUCCUGCCUGGAGCAGCUGCUCUUUGCCCAGGAGUUCUGGCUGGACUGUGCCCUGGUGGAGGACACCGAGCUCAGGGUCACCAUGGAUGAAGAGCACCUGGCCAGCAUCUACAGGGAGCUGCUCCUCCAGGAAGGGAAUUUUUUCUCCAGGGCAGUGCCUGGUGCCUGGAAGUUGGAGCAGGAGGGAGAGGAGAGUCUGCAGCUGUGCAGGAACGAGCUGAUCCAUGUGAAGAGUGCUGGGCAGGAUUCCAGCUGGGAAGGGAUGUCCCUGCUGACAGGACAGCGAGGUUUGGUGCCCCUGACAGCUCUGGAGCCAAUAGCUCAGCCCUUUUACCAGUGGUUCCUGAAGAAUUAUGCUGUGAGUUUUGGCCUCUCCCAGGAGAUCAGUGGGACGAGCUCUCAGGCCAUUGUCAAAGGCAGGUGCAUCGCCACCAAGGAGCACAGAGGAGCAGCGUGGGAUGAGCUGAGCUUCUCCAAAGGGGACCUCAUAGAAAUCAUCGGAUUCUUCAUCCCUGGACUGCCCUGGUUUGUGGGCAAAUCCCUCAGCACUGGGAGCAUCGGCUUUGUUCCCACCCAACACGUAAAUCCCGAGGCUUGCGAACCUCUGGGAAAGGGCUUCGUGUUUCUGAGCGAAGAGGAGAAGUCCCCAGUCCUGCACGUGCCCUGCAAUGGUGACGAGCAGCACUUUGUCACCCUCCUGGAGGACCUGGCACACACUGACAUCACCUCUGUGUACAGGCUGGCUGGUUUUGAGCCCACAGCCACAUUCCCACAAGCACCACCAGAGGCUGCUCUCCAUGGAAGCACAGAAACCCAAGUGCUCCAGUCUUGGGAGGAAAUCAAUGACUGGGCUACCAGCAGCACCUCGGAGCUGUCCAGCCCAGGCAGUGAAACAGCCCCUGGCACGCUGGAAGAUGUUCUCCUGGACAAGCUGGAUGAUUUGGAUUAUCCCAAAUUCUUCAUCGACCUCAACGCUGGACACAUGGAUGAUGCUGAUGUCUUUGACCCCAUGUUGACCUUCCUCAACCAAGACACUUUUGUGCCCAGUUUUCAAAGCUUUUAUGAUCUCAGCUUUUCCUUUCUCCACUCCACAUUUUAUGGUUUCUCUGACGAGGAUGAGCUGGUCCUGUACCUUGAGACUUCCCGGAACUGGGCCAAGAGGACUCGUUCAGUCUGGGCUCACGUCAGGCUCUGUUUCCUCCUGGGUAAACUCUGCAUCAAAAAGGUCAAACUCUCCCAGGCCCGGGUGUACUUUGAGGAAGCCAUGAGUGUCCUGGACAGGGGUUUUGGGGACCUGCCCCUGCUGGCAGCGCUGCACGUGAGCCUCACCUCCAUCUACCUGAAGCAGAACAUGAAGCACAAGUUCUCCUCCCUGCUGGGGAAGACAGUGACCUUGCUGGUGUGCCUGCCUGGCCGCUCCUUCAGCUGGGAGAACGAGCUGGAGCUCCUGACCUACGUCCUGAGGGAAUCCAUCGCCGUGGGCAACGCUGCGCUGGAGGCCCGGAUCUGCUUCCUCAUCGUCAAACUCCUGCUGCAGCUGGGCAGGACCGAGGAGGUGCUGCCAUUUCUGGAGCAUCUCCAGUGUCUCAGCACCACCUGGCUCGGCCCAGGCACCCGUGCUGGGCCGCUGGAUGCCGCUGCCACCUUGGGCUACUUCUACGACAAGAAGUGCCUGCCCAACAUCGCGCUGGCCUCCGUCAGAUCCUUCAUUCCCAGCAGCACCAAGGGGACACCCACCCCUAUCUGGAGAGCCGGCUUCAUCCUCCAAAACGCUUCCAAGCUGCUGGGGAAGCAGCUGGACAGGAGCAGCAUCCCAGCAGUGGCUUGUUUGUACCUGAAGCAAGCGCUGCAGUUCUGCUGCGACAGCAGGGCCGUGCCCAUGCAGAGGACGCUGUGUGCUGUCCUGUCCAGGAUGUUCCUGCAGCACGGGCUGCUGGAUGGGGCCGUUUGUUACGCAGCCAGAGCUGCAGCCCUGGGCAGGCUGCUGGGGGAGGAGGAGGCGUUUGAGUCCUCGCUGUCCUUGGGGUGGCUGCAGCUCCUGCAGCAGCAGCCGGGCCCGGCCGGGGCCAUCCUGCGGCAGCUGCGGCGCGGCCUGCGCGGCACGGCCAGCGAGACCCAGGCCGGGGCCGUGCACAACCUGCUGGCCAUGGCCCUCAGCGCUGAGGGACGUGUCCAGGAGGCUGCAGAGAACUUCCUGAGGGCCCUGCACAAGGCCAAGGAGACGGGCAGCAGGAGGAACCAGGCGGUGGCCCUGGCCAACCUGGGCCAGCUGAGCCUGUCGUGUGGGGCCGCGCAGCUGGCCGAGCUCUACCUGCUGUGGGCAGUGCGGCUCUUUGCCGAGCUCCAGGGCCACCAAGAGCUGGACAUGGAGCUGGCACAGGUGCUGCUGUGGCUGGCACAGGCCCUGGUGGACAGGCAGAGGAUGGAAGAUGCCAAACUCUGCUAUGAGCUGGCGCUGGGGUUUGCCCUGAAGUGGCAGAACCUGAGGAGUCAGCUGCACGUCACGGAGCGUCUGUGCCAUUUCUACAGCAGGGUGUGCCCCGACCUGCAGGCCUGCAUCACCUACCACGAGCACUGGGCAUCCCUGGCACGGCAGCUGCAGGACAGGGAGCUGGAAGGCAAUGCCAGGCAGGCUCUCAGCCAGCUCUACCAGGCUUUGGGCACACCUCAGGCUCUGAGACAAUCCCUGGACUGCACCAAGCAGUGCCUGAGGAUCUUCAUCGACCUCGAGGAGGCUGCAAAGGCAGCAGAGGCCUGGCUGCAGGCAGGAAAACUCUAUUAUCUCCUACAGGAGGAUGAGCUGGUGGAAAUGUACUUCCAGGCAGGCAUCCAGACUGCUCUGAAAGGGGACAACUUCUCCUUGGCCAUGGAUCUUUAUGAAAAAGCAGGUGACACCUUCUUCAAUGGCAGCCGGAACAGGGCCCGAGCUGUGGAGUUUUACAGGGGAGGUGCUGUGCCCCUGGCCAGGAAACUCAAGGCCACCCAGACAGAGCUGAGGCUGUUCAACAAACUGGCAGAGCUGCAGAUCAGCCUGCAGGGCUAUGAGAAGGCUCUGGAGUUUGCCACGCUGGCAGCCAGGCUCAGCCUCAGGGUUGGGGACCAGCUGCAGGAGCUGGUUGCCUUCCACCGCCUGGCCACCGCCUACGACCUGCUGCACAUGUACGAGAUGGCCGAGGAUUGCUACCUGAAGACGCUGGCCCUGCGUCCCCCCGUGCUGCAGGGCUCAGCAGAGGCCCUGUACUACUGCAAGCUCUACUGGCACCUGGGCAACCUCACCCUGCACAAGCUCAAGGAUGAGCAGGAUGCAUCCUCCUACUUCCUGCUGGCCCUCGCCGCAGCCGCCGAGCUGGGAGACCAGGAGCUGCAAGCCCUGCUCCAUGCCAAGCUGGGAGCCAUCCCCAGAGCCCCAGGGCCACCUGAGGCCAUGCCAGGCUGUGCCCUGCUCCGUGCCAAGCUGGGAGCCAUCCCCAGAGCCCCAGAGCCACCUGAGGCCACGCCAGGCUGUGCCACUGGCCGCCCACGGUGGCUGAGCGAAGGUGGCCACGUGGUGUGACCUGUGUGCCACCCUGGGAGCCAUCCACAGCACCGUGCCAGGUCUGUGUGCUGUCCUCAGCAGGCCCAGGAGCCAGGAGAGGUCCUGCAGCACGUCCUGAGGAGCUGGAAGGGUUUGGGCUCCUCACCCCCCAAGCAUUUGGGACCCUGGCCUUGUUUUUCAGGAGCAGAGGUGGCACAGGCAGGGCAGGAUGCUGGAGCUGGUGGUGCAGCAGGGCUGAGCUCCUGGGUGGGGUUCAGAAGUUCCCUGCCCAGGAUGGGGAUGGGGACAGCUGCCAUGUGCUGUCCCCACACCUUGGAGCAGCUCAACCCAAACAUAAUGGAACUGCAGCUCUUUUAUUUAUGGCUGCUUUUUAUCCUGUGUGUGAUGACAUCUCUGUCAACCCCUCUCCUGUAAAAAGCACCACCAAAGCUUCUGGCAGUGAGAGACAGAAUUGGGGAAGUGAGGAGGAAUAAAGGGGCUGGUCCAGCCUUAUCUGGGGGCAGAAAAUACCUGAGCCCCAGGGUUUAGAGCAACCAAGCUCAGGGUCUAGAGCAGGAGCACAGGAAAAGAACUGGGGGGGUGCUGUAUCCCCACCCCGGGAGGGGUCUAAACCCAGAUGUGACAUUUGGGGACACAGUUAGUGGUGGGGAAAUGGUCAGGCUCGAUGAUUUUAGAGAGAUUUUCCAACCUGAGUGGUUCUCCCGGGCACAGGGCAGGAAUGUACAGCUCUGAGAUGGCCACCAGAGAGCAAUAAACGCUCAUUUUUGCAGCGAGAGCGGUUUCCCUGCAGAGCCCGGGCUGGGCUCUCGCUCCGGGAUGGAGCACAGGGAAGAAGGAGCGAUUUUCCCACCUGAUCUCUUUGCUUUGGCAACCAGUGGCCAUCUGUGGCUUCCCAGCCAGAGCCUGCUCCCAGUUCCCUGCCCGUGCUGCCCUGCCUGGGGCUGUUAAAUACAGAAUAUUUAUUUCCUCUCUGCAAACGCCGAGUUCAGCUUCCUCUUGCAAUCCCUUCGAGGCGUUUGUCACCGGGGCAAUGAUUAUUUACUGCUUGUUUACCAAACAGCCCCAGACCCCAGCCCAGAGGAGGGAAAUCUUCAUCCUGCCUAAAAUCCAGCGAGCUCAGGGCUCCCCAAAACCUUCCUGCCCCACCCCACUGGUGCUGGUGCUCACCAGGCCAGGGCAGGAUAUUUUCUGCAGUUUUUCUUUUGGUCUAGAUGGUUUUUGAGGACAAUUUUGACCCCUUAAUAUCCUCUGGAUCUUUUCACACAGGGGGAUAAGCACAUCUUUGUGCCAGGAUGAAGAUGGGGAAUUUGGGAAGAGCUGGGAUGGGUCUGGUUUAAACACACAGGCUCAGUUUGAGCUGGCCUAACUCAGCCCAGCUCCAGGAGUCAAACAGAAAUGUUCUGAUUUGCAGGGACUCUGGAGCUGCUUGGAAAACAAAUGUGUCCUCCUUAAACCACAGCAAAACAAAUUCUGUGGUGCCUAAGAGAGGAAAAAAGUCUUCCUCCUUGGGAGCAUCCUGUAAAAAUAAUUUUCCCUCUCCCUCAUCUGCCUGCCCGCUCCCACAUGCUGAGAUGAGAACUCAGAGUGGCCAGGGCUAAUUAAAAUUCAUAAUACAGUGAAAUUUAAAGCUGCUGUUCACAUGUACCAAGUCCUGGGUCGCUGCCCAAGGAAAGAUGAGGAUGUUCCAUCCCUCCAGUUUUAUGGGCAGAGAAAUUUGGGGGCUUUGUGCCAGAGGAAGUCACUGGGUGGUGGCUCAGCUCCUUCAUCCUCCACCCUGGCCAGGCUGGGGAUGUUGUCCCUCACUUUGGGGCAUUCUUUGGGACACCCUUGGUGUGCUGAGGGGUGCAGAGCCUGGCCAGGGCUGUGCUGCUGCUCCAGGAAGAGAAGGAAAUGUGGGAACACAGGAAUUAUCCUGCAGAAGGCAGAGGCAGAAAUAGGGGAAAGGGAAGGGAUGGAUCAAAUCUCCUCUGACACCAGGUGUGCCCUGGCUUGUGACUCUUCCUGAGCCACGUGGGACUGCCUGUUCUGUGCCCAGGAGUUUUCCUUCCUCCCUGCAGCCAGCCAGGCUGGAAAUAGGCCUGGUGGGAGCCACGUGCAGCAGCACGUGCUGCUCAGAGCAGCACCUCCCAGAGCUGCAGGAACCUCCCUGCCUGGCUUUUGGGGCUCCAAUCCUUCCCCUGUGUGACCUUGCAGGCACCAGUACUGCCAGUCCUGACAUAACACCAGCGCUGGCACUGGGAUCCUGUGUUUGCUCAGUGCCUCAGGGGGGCUGUUUAAGGCCUGGAAGAAGCAGGGGCUGGAUUUGUCUCACAUAUGUUCGUUCUUGGACAGUGGGAAUAGCACCACAGGAAUAAUUCUUGCAUCAUCUGAGCCUCCCGUGGAACCAGGAGAAAGGAAAUGCUGAUAAAUGGAAAUGCAGAACUGGAUUUAUUUGGAUUUUCAUGGAAAUGACUCUUUUCUGCAGAAAUGCAGCACCUAACAAUACCAGUUGUUAUCAGCAGACUUUUUUCCAUCAUUCCUUCAUGGCACAGUGGUGCAAACUGGGCUGGAUGAGAGACCUGAUGUGGAGGAGCAGCGAGGCUGAGGCUGAGAUAAACCUGGAGCUCAGCUUAUCUCAGAGGUGGCUGCUCCUGUCUGGGCAGCAUCUCCUGGUGUUGCCUGGAUGGGUAAUGAGGAGUUGGUAAACACCAGCUGUUCCGCUCAGCAGAGCUGGGGGGAGUGUGUAAACUGGGUAAUUUAGAUUAAAAAUCAUUUAUUUGCACAGCAA